AUGAAUGAUCACUACACAGAAGACAAUAAAACGGUGUUAAAUACCGUUAGUAUUAAUGCUUUAAAUAAUUCACCAAUUGAGUUUCAAGAUGGAAAAGUAAACAGUAAUAGUAAACAGAAUGAUGAUUACAAUGAUGAAUCUACAAUUGAUGCCCUACUGUUCGCUGCUGAACAUGGGCACUGUUCAACUUUAAAAAAGAUAAUUGAUAGAUGGCUUAGUUUAAAUUAUGUUGUUAUACAAGCUAGAGGGAAUGCAUUACUGUUACCUCCUGAGAUUGUUCAUGUCAACGUUGCACAACUUUUUAAAAAAUGCGGCUAUGAUCUUAAUGCUGUAGGCAAUAAUGGAUUGAAUGCCUUAACGUUGGCUUCUCAGAAUGGUCACACCGAUGUUGUUGAGCUUUUAAUAGACAAUGGAUGUGAUGUAAAUGCUUCUAAUAAGAAAGGAAACAAUGCUCUAAUGCUGGCCUUAGAUAGAGGACAUAAGGAAAUAGUAAAGCUGUUGCUUAUAGAAGGUAGCUAUAUUAAUGCUGUUAACAGUUAUGGGUGGAAUGCAAUAGUCUGGGCUGCCACAAAUGGGCACGACAAAGUUGUACAACAGUUAAUUAAAGGUGGAGCUAAUGGAAAUGCUGAUGAUAAGGAUGGAAACUGUGCAUUAAUUCUAGCCUCUAAAAAUGGACAUGAAACUGUUGUACUACUUUUAAUAAAGAGCGGCUGUGCUGUAAAUGCUGCUAAUAAGAAUGGAACCACGGCUCUAAUGCUGGCCUCAGGUAGAGGACAUGAGGGGACGGUAAAGCUAUUGCUUACAGCAGGCAGUAAUGUUAAUGUUGUCGACAAAGAUGAAUGGAACGCUUUAAUAUUUGCUGCCGCAAAUGGACAUGACAAAGUUGUACAGCUGUUAAUUAAUAGCGGCAGUAAUGUUAAUGCUGUCGACAAAGAUGGAUGGAACGCUUUAAUAUUUGCUGCCGCAAAUGGACAUGACAAAGUUGUACAUCUGUUAAUCAAUAGCGGCUGUAAAGUUAAUGCUGUCAAUUAUAAUGGAUGGAAUGCAUUAAAUCUGGCCUGUCAAAACGGCCAUGACAAGAUUGCAGGAUUAUUAAUUGAAAGUGGAUGUGAUGUAAACAUUUGUAACAAAACCGGACGAAAUUCAUUAAUGGAUGCGUCGAAUAUUGGGCAUAAAAAUCCUAAUAUAUAA